CCAGUCGCUAAAAUUGUAGGGAAUAUGUUGAACACAAGAACUGGUAAAGCACGUAAAGCUCUACCGAAACGCCCAGUACCAGAAGGCGAAUCAUCAGAGUCAAGUGAAGAAAUUAAAUCCCCAAGAUCUUCAUCUUUUGACUCCUUAGUGAUCAGUCGACUAGAAGAAAAAGAAGAACUUCAGCAUUUAAAUGAUCGUUUCGCAAAUUAUAUCGAACAUCUUCAUAAAAACAUCUUCAAUAAAGAGUUCAGUGGUCAUAUUGACCUUUUAACGAAUUCUUUAAAAAAUGAAAUGGAUGACUAUGUAAAAGUUUUUUCAAACGAAGUUGAAUUAUUGCGCCAAAAUUUAAAUAAAACUUCACUUGAAUUAACUAAUGCUAAAAUUCAGUUGAAAAAAUCCACAUCUGAUCUAGAUGAAACAAUUAAACAACUUGAGCGUUCAAAAGCCAAUGAGACUGAAAUGGGUAAUAAAAUCGCGUCAUUAAAUGUUCAACUAUCUCAGUUACAAAAUCAAUUGGACGUAUGUAACAAUUACAAAACAGAUUAUGAUUCAUUGAUGGAUCAACAUAAAAUGUUAAAAUCUCAGUUGGAAAAUGAAACUCUGUUGCAUACUGAUACCAAAAAUAAGCUACUUACAGCUUUAGAACAAUUAGAGUUUAAAAAUCAGCUAUUAGCGAAAGAACGUAAUAUAUGGAAUAGCGAAUCAAUUCAAUCGCAUUUAACGUCUAUAAUCAAAAGUGUCGAAGCAAAUUCUCAUGAUAAACUAUGUCAUUUAUUAUCUGAAAUACGUUCACAAAUGACAAUACAAUAUGAUCAAGCAAAAAAUAAAAUAAAAGAGGGUUUGAAAGCAACUUUAGAUGCAGAAAAAUUACGAUCAAAUUCACUUGAACAAGAUCUUAGAAAUAAAAUAACUGAAUGUCGACGUUUAUCUCAGUUAGUAUCAUCACAGUCAAGUGACUUAUAUAAUUGUCGUCAUGAUUUAGAAGCUACUCGCAAACAGCUUAAAGAUUUUGAACAACAAUUAAAAUUUAAUGAAGAUAAAUUACAUGGAAUAAUUAGUCAACAUCGUUCAGAAGUAGAACGUUUAUUAGAACUAUUAACGGAUAAAUCAACUGAAUGUACUGAAUUAGCUGGAAUAAAAAUUCAAUUAGAUGCUGAACUUGCAAUGUAUAGAAAAUUGUUAGAAGGUGAAGAAUCUCGCCUUCAUCUAUCUCCUACAGAAAAGAUCCUAAAAGGUAAACCAAUUGUUCGAACAAAUAUAACUCCUACCAAACGUACAUAUAGUGACAUGUAUACAUCUUCAUUAAAAUCAAAACAACAAUCAACUGGAAGUUGUCUUCAUGAUGUUGAUUUAGAUCAUACAGAUACUAAUAAUAUUGUGCAAUCUUAUCCUUUGACAACUGAACGUAAAAUAUCAGAAAUUUCAGAUUCACACUCAAAAAUAACGAAUAUCGACUUCAAUUUACAUAGUUCUGGCUUAUCUACAUUUCCUUCAUCAUCAAGUUUAAUUGGAGAUUCUUUGCGUAUAACAUGUCGUGCUGAUGGUCCAAUACAUUUCUCUAGCGCAGAUCCUGGAGAGGGUUUACUACGUAUUUACAAUGCUAGUGAAGAUGCUAUUGAUUUAAGUAAUUGGCAUCUGUACGCUGGACCAACUCAUGAAGGUUCAUCGGAUUACAUAAAACUGUAUACAUUUCAUAAAUCUCAAACGUUGCAACCACACACAGAAUUGCAAGUUUUUCUUUGCUUCGCAUCUGAACCUUCACAAGUCUCUUCUGCUAAACGUGUUCGUCCUGAUGUCAGUGCAAUUUUGCAUUUAAUCACUCCAGUAUCUGUUUGGAAUCCUUACAGUAGUUUAAUUGCACUUCAAGAUUCAACUGGUUCAGUUCGCGCCACUUGUGAAAUGGAAUCAUACUCUAGAAAAUCUGAUAAAAUAUCAACAUCAGAUGUUGUUGCCGUUGAUGAUGAGGAAGACGGUUCAAGUGAUAAAGUUUCCUCAGUCUGUUCAGAUAAUGAUUUCACCUCAAACAAUGAUCCACAACAACAAACUGUUGAAGAUAACAAUUUAAAUAAAUCAGUGGUGAAGAUAACGCGCUUGUCAGAAGAGACAACUAGAACAUUUCAAAGUCAUGGUGAAUAUUUUGAUUUACCGAAACAUGUUAGUUCGGUACGAUUUCGUAGUGAUAUUUGGCCAAAUGAAUCCCAUUUAUUGAAGGAAGUAUCACGUAACUAUACGUGUACAUUAUUAUAAUUGAUAAGGAAUUAAUUCAUGAAGACCAUCGAUUAUAUUUUGUUCAAUUACAGAACAGUAUUUUUCAUCGAAACAACCAACCGAAACACACACACACAUCGUGAGACGUAUAUACAUGCUGAUCAAUAUGAAUGAAACAAAGUUGUUCUUUUAUAAACUGAUCUGAAUUAAAUAACUUUUGUUUUACACAUUAUAUCAUAUAUCAUAUCAAUUAUAUAUUCAUAUAAGUGUUGAUUAAUUUAUCCCUCCGAAAUUAACUUAUCUACUAUGGAUUUUUAUUCUUAUUUUCAUCCAUUGAUUCAUACUUUUAUAGUGAAUCUCACAAUUGGUGGGUUUAUUUUUGUCGCUUAAACAUUUGACUCUAUUUGUGUUAAAUGUUUAGUCUUUCUCCAGUAAUAUAACGCCCUGUGUAACUGGUUAAUUGUCUCCAAUGUGUUUUUUUUUCAUUCAAAAAAUUGUUAUCACAUGGAAAACAGUCUAAUAGUUGUUGUGUUAUUUUUAUUCUCUGCUAUGAUCGGUGCUCGUCAAUUGUCCAAUUAAAGAAAAGAAACCCAUUGUGAUACAUUGUCAUUAUAUACCUUUAAAUUGUGUAUUCAUGCUCUGUUUAUCUAUUAUUACGCAUAUGUUUGUAUCCAUACUACUAAAUUCGUUGACCUAAACAUAUACACAUCGAGACAAUAUUAUUUUGUAUCAAGCACUAUUAUUUCAUUUCAUUUGCACAAUUACUACACUUUAUUCUAUUUCUAUCUCUAUCCAACAUGUUUUUGUUGGCUAUUUUCUUAAUUGACGACUUGUUUAUGCACGUUUUGACUUUCGCGUAUUUUAUUUGAUAUAUUAUGUUUAAGUCAAGAGAAAUUCUGUUGAACAAUUACAACAAAUAAUUUAUUUGUUUUUUUCUUUCUUUCUUGCAGUACUUCACAUUAAGUACUUUCUUUAGUUAUGUGAAUAAAUGAGACUUUAUAAAAUAGUUUUUAUGGUUACGAAUACUGUGAAAACUAUGUUCAGCCCAGUAGCAAUGAAGUCUGUAUACAUACAUAUACACACAUUCUUUGUACUGAUUUCUCUGUGUAGUUGAAUUUAUUCUAACUUUAUGUGAUAGAUAAUGCUUGAUACUGUUCCGUGUUCAAAGUGUUAACGUUGAGAUAAUCAGUGCUGAACAUAUGAAACGGUGAUUGUUAAUGGAUAAAUCAUAAACUUACUCUGAACUGUUUGCAUGUUAUCACUUAUACCAUUGUUGUAUAUGAUGAUGAAUUCAUUGAGAACUUGGUUUUAUGUUUCGAGCAAUUGUACAUCUUGAUAAUUUCUACAGCAUGAUUGCUUUCUUUUAUUUUUGAAAGAAAGUAAUACUUAUUGUGAAAGAAAUAUAUGCUUUCUGUUUA